GAGAACUUGUUCUCCCGAGGCUCCCCCAACAGUCAAUGGAGACAAAAGAAAGUGCUCGUGGCUGGGUCAUCACAGCCUAGAACUGUAAUACAAGAUAAAGGUGCUUCCUCUUUCUACUUCAAGGACUGUCCUUAAGCUUUCAAAGAUGACAACAUUUGUUCCACCUCUCAGAAAAGUAAGGCAGUUAGGUGAGGCCAUUUGAUUGUACGAGAGAAUAGCAACUAUUUGGAAACAACUGCAUUUCCACACAGAAUGAGGUCGGAUGCGACUCUGUGACAGAUCUGUUUCCACUGACCUGGUGGGACCAUAAUGAAUUUUGACUUCAAUUUAGAGUACUGAAAAAAGCAAGCUACACUUGCUACUUGUAUUCCAUCUUUCCUAAAGAAACAGAGGAAGAUGAUGUAGAAGAAAGCAGGGCGUUACAAAAGAGGUACUUGAAAUUUGCUUAAUUUGAAAUCAAGCAAGGGAUCCCCAGUGGUUGCUAGUCCAAAAAGGGUGGAUACUGAAGAGGAGAGAUAAUAAAUUCCAAUGUACAUAUUUGAACUGAUGAUUUAGCUUUUACAUAAUAGAAAGCAUUUAUGCAGGACAUGAAAUUCCCUUUGGAAACACUGGUAUGAUGGAUGCUUGCAAUUCUUCUGAGUGGAAUUUCACAGGAAUAGAGUAUAACAGAGUAACAAUCCGUUCUUAGCCCUGUAUUUUUGUAGCGAGAAUCAUUUGUAGCUGAUGGACAAAGGUGGAAAGAAGACAAGAAAUUCUCUGAGGAUUCUGCAUGAUAUGUGAAACAGAAAAGUCAGGGUGUGAGGAAUGUGCAAAAGAAUCUGUGUGUGUGUGUUGUAUAGGAAGUCUGCAAGCAAGGCAAGAGAGAAGGAAGGAGAUAGCUUUCUGUCCAGACCAUGAAAUUAUUGGACUUGUUUUUGCCAUGUUCCUACGUCAGCAGGAUGAAUGGAACUUGGGUAUGGGAACAGGCAAUGGAACUGUCAUUUCUGAAUUCAUCCUCAUGGGCUUCUCAGGGCUUGAUCAAAGGCUACGGCUAUUUCUCUGCCUGGUCCUUCUACUCAUGUACCUGACAACGGUGAUGGGGAAUGCAGCCAUCAUUUUCCUGGUGUGUGUGGAUAACCGCCUGCAAACCCCCAUGUACUUUUUCAUUGGCAAUCUGGCAUUCCUGGAAAUCUGGUUUACAUCCUCCACAAGCACCAAACUGUUGGUAAUUCUGAGCUCUGGCAGGAGAACAAUCUCAGUAGGCAGAUGCUUUGCCCAGUCCUCCUUCUAUUUUGCCCUGGGUGCUGUAGAGUUUUCUCUCCUUGUUGUCAUGUCCUUUGACCGUUACCUUGCCAUCUGCCAGCCUUUGCGCUAUGCUGCCAUCAUGAAGCAUCAGCUCUGCGUCCAGCUGGUUGCUGCUGUUUGGGUCAUGGGCUUCACAUUCUUGAUUUACCACCUGGUGCUGCUCUCCAAGCUCACUUUCUGUGGUUCAAACAAGAUCCAGCAUUUUUUUUGUGACAACACCCCCUUAUUCCAACUGUCUAGCUCUGAUGUCACCCUGCUUUGGAAAACUGAAUCUGUUUUCAUAUUGUUUAUUGUGCUGUCUUCCUUGUGUCUAACUCUGGCAUCUUACACAAGCAUCUUCUUCUGUAUCCUACAAAUGCCAGCAGCCUCUGCAAGGAGAAAAGCUUUUGCUACGUGCUCUUCCCAUCUCACCACCUUGGCCGUUGUCUAUGGAAGCUGCAUUGCUCUCUACGCACCCUCCUCAGGACAUGUUUCUUUGGAGACCAACAACAUUGUAGCUUUGCUGAACACUGUCCUGUACCCAUUCUUAAACCCAUUCAUCUACAGUCUUAGAAACAAGGCUGUGAUGCUGGCCCUGAAGGAAGCCAUGACCCGUGCAACAGCACAGCUUUUCCCCUAACCGUGAUUCAUUUCUGAAGAGCAAUUUGAGUUCUCUGCCGUCGUAUCUUAUGUAAUACCACAAUCAUACAUAUGUGACCUCCACAUGCAGAUGCCUCCAGAGGAUUAUGUUCUUGCUGGAUUGUAUUAGGCUGUGUGAUAAGAAGCACAUCUGCAAACAAAAUAAAGGCCCAAGGAAAUGAUGACAGGAUGAAUAAUUCGGUUCAUGCCCUGCCCUGGCUGCUUCCAGGCCCAUCACAGGAGAGUCCUCAGCUCAACAAAAGCCCAUCUCCAUGAGCCCAGAAGAGCACAAAGCACAAUGGCAGGUGGGAACCCAAGUCACUGGCUCCUAUGGAACCAAGAUCUUGUCCCAGCUCCUUCCAGGACUGCCUUGGGAGGGCUAUCACCCCACUGUCCAGGCAGAAACCCA